CAGCACGGCAGCAGACUGAGAAAUUCUGCAACAUUUGCGAUGAUCAGCGCAGUUUUCUAGUCGAUCCACGGAGAAACGGUCUAUUUCCUUGUUUCCUUGGUUCUCUUCGGGAUUUGUCCAUUAUUAUUCCAUUUAUUAACCCAGAUACUCUCUUUAAUCCUAGAGCUUGAGCGUCGUUCAGUCGAAGACCUUGACACGAGUUUCCCGCAUCUCAGUCAUUUUUAAAUCUCCUUUUCGGUGUGUGCUAUGAGUAAUUGGCGUCGCGAUCCCAAUGCAUCGGGUGCUUCCGCGUUCCCCGCUGAAGCCACGUCCGAUGCCUCCGCCACGGUAUCGCCGGCCGCUCUGACGGCCGCCCAACAGCAGCAGCAGUCGCUCCUCCAUCAGCAGCAGCAGCAGUACCUGCAGCAGGCCGCCGCGGGGGUGGUGGACGGGGCCAAUAAGUAUGUGCCGCCGCACAUGCGCCAGAUGCAGCAGAUGCCCCUGCAGCAGGCUCCCGGGGCCUUCCCGCCCCUCGGGGGCUAUGCCGCCGACGGGUAUGGGGCGGCGCAGGCCGUCAACGGUGCCAUGAUGCCGGGGAUGGUGCAGGGCGCCGCGCCGGGGAUGAUGUUCUAUCCCGGGAUGCAGAACGCCUAUCUGGCGCAGGGCGCGGCCACCGCGCAGCAGCCGUACACCGCGUACAGCCAGCCCUCCCAGGCGCAAAUGUACCAGCAGGCGCAGCGUCCCGGCGGCGCCGCGGAUGCCCAGCAACAGCAGCAGCGCCAUUUCAACAACGCCGCCGCCGCGGGCUACACGACCGCCACCAGCACCGACGUCCGGGUGGCGGGCGGCGGAUACGGCCAGCAGCAGCAGAUGCAACAGCAGCCGUAUAACAACAACAUGGCCUUCGGGCAGCGCGGCAUGCAGCAUUCGGGCAGCACCGGCAGUUUCAACAACUUUGGCAACCGGAACAACUAUCAGAAUAAUAACUACGGCCGGAAUGAUGGGUACGGGGACCGGGGCGGCGGCUACGGCGGGAAUAAUCAGCGGUACGGGCGCAAUGCGCAGGAUUUCACGCCGGAAGAGUGGAAUUCGGCGCUGCCGCGCGAUCCCGGUCUGGAAGGGACUUUGUUCCAGAAAGUCAAUACGGGCAUCAACUUCGACAAGUAUGAGGAUAUUGAAGUGGAAGUCAGUGGGCGGGAUGCACCGGCACCCAUUCAAUCGAGCUUUAACGAUGUCAGUCUGCAUGCCAUUAUCCGGCAGAAUGUGGAGUUGGCCGAUUACAGUCGACCGACCCCGGUGCAGCGUUAUGCGAUCCCCAUUGUGUUGAACGGUCGCGAUCUGAUGGCCUGCGCUCAAACAGGUUCGGGCAAAACGGCGGCGUUUUUGGUCCCGAUCCUAUCGCAGAUGUUGACCGGUGGCCCGCCACAAAUCCACAUGACGCAGCAGCGCCGGCGUGUGCAGUAUCCGUUGGCGGUGAUUCUGGCGCCCACCCGCGAACUGGCCAUCCAGAUCUACGAUGAAUCGCAGAAGUUCGCCUAUCGCACGCGCAUCCGUUCGGUGGUGGUGUACGGUGGCGCGGAUAUUGGACAGCAGAUUCGGGAUCUGGAGAAGGGCUGCCACAUGAUCGUGGCCACGCCGGGCCGUCUGAAGGACAUGGUGGAGCGCGGCAAGGUCUCCCUGGACUAUGUGCGCUACCUGGUGCUGGACGAGGCCGAUCGCAUGCUGGAUAUGGGCUUUGAGCCGCAGAUCCGCAAUCUGGUGCAGGAGAACGGCAUGCCGCAGCCGCCCCACCGGCAGACCCUCAUGUUCUCCGCCACCUUCCCCAAGGAGAUCCAGAUCCUGGCCAAGGACUUCCUGUACGACUACGUCUUUCUGGCUGUCGGCAAGGUGGGCUCCACCAGCGAGAACAUCACGCAGUCGGUGCUGUGGGUGGCCGAUGAGCAGAAGCUGGAUUAUUUGCUGGAUGUCCUGCAUACUAAUCUGAAUAGCGAUAAGGAGGGCCUGAUCCUGGUGUUUGUGGAGACGCGGAAGGGCGCGGAUAUUCUCAACUACAAUCUGCAGCGCAACAGCUUCGCCGCCACCUGCAUCCAUGGCGACCGGAAUCAGCGCGACCGCGAGGACGCCCUGGCCUCCUUCCGCUCCGGGGAGACGCCCGUGUUGGUGGCCACCGCGGUGGCAGCGCGUGGUCUGGAUAUUCCCCAUGUGAAGCUGGUCAUCAACUAUGAUCUGCCGACGGACAUUGCCGAGUACGUCCACCGUAUCGGCCGUACCGGGCGCGUGGGCAAUCUGGGUCAGGCUAUGUCUUUCUUCAACGAUAAGAACAAGAAUCUGGCCAAGGAUCUGCUGAACAUCCUGCAGGAGAGCAAUCAGACGGUGCCGGAUUUUAUCAUGUCCUGCGCCCGGGAAUAUCUCGGCGCCAAGGUCACGUAUCAGCGCCAGGGAUCCUACGGGAAUCGCGGUCGUGGACGCGGUUUCACCAAUUUCGGGGACGUGAUUACCGGAGCUUCGACAACAGCGGCCAGCAGCGGAAUUUUAACGCCGCCGGCGCGGGCGGGAGCGGCGGCGGCAGCGCCGGCUUCAAUCGCGGGAAUAAUAACGCGGGCGGCAGUUACAAUAACAGCGGCGGCUACGGGCGCCAGUCGGCCGACAACGGGUCCUCGGGAGCACGUGGCGGCUCUAACGACUGGUGGGGAUGAAAACCACCAUGCUGGACGGGAGGGGAGCGCUGUUUAACCGUAUUUCGUGGGGAAUUUGUGAAAAAUCCAACGCCUUGUGUUUUCGGAAAAAAUCACACUGACGCGCCAAAUGUGGACGACACACACGCUGAUCGAAUUAUAUUCCGUUUUUGUUUCAUUUUUAACGCGGGAUCACCAUGGUGGACCGGCAGCUCAUGAUUGUGUGCCGGACUGUGUUGUUUUUCUUCUGUUCUCUGUUUCUCUCUCCUGGAUAGUAUCGGUGUUUCCCCAUUUUUGGAACUCUCUUCUCUUCCGUUUUCCUCGUACUACUUUUGUUGUUGAUUUCCGUUGCUCCUGUUUAUCUCUCGUGUGGCGGAUGGAGUGGAUUUGUUGGGGAUGAGUGGCGGACGAUGGGGAUUAUUCGCUGGAUAUUGGUUCAUUUUUUAUUUAUCUUCGCGUUGGGAAUUAACGAUCAUCAUCGGGGGUUUUCUUUCGGGGGGAGUGACAGUGUGCGCGUCCCUUGUACCAUGCGGUUUUUUUUUGUAAGAAGGAUGGAUGGAUUUUCUGCGGUUGUGUUAUGGUUUCGCCGAUUCAUUUGUUUAUUGCGCUGCGCCGGGAUCGCAGUCUAAUCAGCAGCAGCGGCGCUGUGAUUCCGGUGUGUGUUUUUCUCUUGUUGGGGCCAAAAAACGUUGCGUGACGCUGAUGUAUGGGAUGAUUCUGUACCGGUUGUCGCAACCGGUCCGGAAUGGCGCUGUUUUCUUUUUGUAUCUCCUUUUCGUGCACACCAAAGCACGCCUGGCCUCGGCGUUGGAAAGAGACUCAACGGGAUGAUUUAUUUAAUUCAUUUAUUAUGUUUCUCCGCGUGGAGCGAGCGAAAUCCGUCCGUCUUUCUGAUUUUGUGUGCUUUUUUUGCUGUGUAAGCAAGAAAACCUUGGGGAAUCCGCUGGUUUCGGAAAGAUGUCAAUGGAGCUCUUCUUGUGUUUCCGUGGUGGGCGGAUGGGGGGAGAGUUGCGUUUAUCAUCUUCCCGGAUAAUGAUGAGGGACGCGUGGAUUGUGUUGUGUGUUGUUUCCUCCGCUCUUGUGUUUUUGUAUUCGGGAUUAAUCAUUUGCCUCCUCGUUUGAAAGUGGUCCGCGGAUUGUGUCGGAGGAAGUACGGCGUUAAAGUGUUCCUUGUGUUGUAUUAAUCUGGGCGAUGAUUCCUGGAUUCGCGGGCGAUUUUUCUGCGGGGCGGAUCUAUGUGCGUAACGGUUGAUGGGAAUCGUGGCAGUGGUUUCCGUGAUAAUUGGGAAAUAUGUUGAUUAUUUUUUUCUCUCUUUAUUUCUAAUAAGUAACCGGACAAUAUAUAUUGGAAUAAUAAUCGUUUAUGAUGAUUUCUCUCGGUUGGUUGUGUCGUUUUGCGGUGUGUUGUGGCGCGCGAAGAUGCGAAAAUUCGGAUGGGACACGAUGACGGGUUGAAUAAAGUGUGAGAGGCGUUGAA